CGCUAACCAAGAGCGCUUGUUCUGCUCCAGUAAGUGGAGCGCCACACUACCGACUGACCAUGCAAGCGUCUUUCUACCCGUUCCUCCUGAUUGCCUUACAUGUGUCCGUGCCGGUGGAUUGUAAAUGGAGGUUCCAGGAGCUUCAUCAGAACAGCUUAAGAUCUAGGAGGCCUGCAGAUACACCAGUCAGGACACAUCACUACAGUGCUGGUUUCACAAAAAAACAUUUUCUUGGGGACUUUCUAGUUAUUUUGCCUGUAAGGACAAACGGGAGCGAUGUUGUGUCCAUAUUUGACUUGAGAAGAAAACGGUUUGUGUGUAUGGACUCAAAGGGAGAUCUGUACAACUCAAGACAAAAAGAAAGCAAGGAUUGUCUCUUCUACCGCAUUGGCUUUUACUCUCCUCCAAGUGGAAGUCAGCUCCCAAUUUCUUCCCUGGAGUCAUCUCACCCAUCCUUUCUAAAGCGCUUCCUAGCUCCCUUGGUGACGAGGCAGAGGAGGAGCGAGGAGGUGAACCCGUCGGAUCCAUUAAGAUCAGAGUCCGAUCCCUUAAGAUCUGAGAUACAUCCCACCCAUUCCGUCCAGGACCACAAAGAGUCCGAUCACUUGCAGCCCGAACAGCCGGACCAGGCUGGAGCUGUGUCAAAGGAGACCAUCUCUUCCUGUGAUGACCCCUUAAAGGUCUUACAUGCUAAUGGUCCAGUGAGCCCAGUCAAGACAAUUAUAGAAGACCGAGCAGAGCAAGAAUGAAAUGAUGAACAUGGACUUUUUAUAAGUGAAAUAACAUACAAUGGAACCUCCAAGCUUGAACAUAAUUCCGACCUCUGUUCUAAAGGCACAGAGUCACCAUUAGGGAUUGGUACCGAAUUUGGUACCUGACCAAAUUCCGUCGGUACUACCGGGUAACAAUUCACCUAAAAUAAUAACAGUGCAACUAUAUAGCAGAUACUUUUGUAGCACAUGACGUCACGUUUGCAGACUCGACACCAACUCGAGCGCUUGCUGGGGAAGCAAGCACUCAAGCACUCAGAGCAAACUCAGCUAGGCUACCUCUAGGUAACGUUACAAAUUUCAAUGCCAUUAAAGCAAGCAUGUCUAAUAGAAAACGCUCAAAAGGCACUGUAAAACUCCACUUAGCUUUUAGCUUGCGCAUUUAGAAAACUUACUUUGAUAUGCCACAUACUGUAAUGUAUAUGCGACUGAUUAGCACUAGCAAUUGUACAUCCGAAUGUGGUAAUAAAAACUACAAGAUGCACGUUACAAUUAAACAGCUGGUGUGUAAUAAAUACAAUACUUAAAGCAUAAACACUUUGUAAGGCGCAGCAAAAGACUACACUUGGACAAUCAUGGCAAAGACUACUUCCGAGCUCGGCAACACACUUUAAUCUAUACACUACUGCUAUCUAACGUCCUGGAAUUACAACUGCUGUAUAACACUUGCAAAUGAGACUCAGACGUGUAAGAAAACCUGAUAUACAGCACAGUUAUCAUUAUAAGUUUGGUAUUAAAAACAAUAAAUUAUAUUCUAUCAUUAAACAACUAACAUUUGUUAACACAUGAACACACACAAAAGUACCAAACAUUGGUAUUGAGUAGCAGUGUCAUUUCCAGGGUUUCAGGAAUUGGCUCAAGUAAGACUUGAACAUUGUAGACCAGUGGUUUUUGAAGUGUGACCCGCUAAGAUCAUGUCAGUCAUGCCAAAGGAAAAAGUAAUCAGAAAAAAUGCCAAAAAUAUAUUCAAGUAUUAGAGGUACUGUGUCCACUGUGCCACACUUUAUAAAGCCAAGUUUUAGACGAGUGUAAAAAUAACUUAUUCACUGUUAAAAGUGAGAUGGCUUACAUUCGAAUGAGCUGCAAUCGUUCUAUCUCACCCUCACUCUGCUUCGACCCACUAAUAGAUCAUACGCACGCAACAAAAAGAUGACGUUGUUACAAAAGCAGUGAUUAGAAAAGCAUAUGAUUUCACUCACCGAUUCAACAGGAAUAUAACAAUCAUAGCAGUUUUUAAAUCAUUGCGUAUGUAUGUAGACGCAUGUUGGGCCAACACACUUGCGUGAGACAGUCAGCUUGAACACCAGCAAUCUUAUCCAACUGAGACGGUACAAAUUGUGACAAAUGUAGACAUUUUUACUUGAUAAAUCUGUUCUCUUAAAGGCCUACUGAAAGCCACUACUACCGACCACGCAGUCUGAUAGUUUAUAUAUCAAUGAUGAAAUCUUAACAUUGAAACACAUGCCAAUACGGCCAGGUUAACUUAUAAAGUGCAAUUUUAAAAUUCCCGCCACACUUCCGGUUGAAAAACUCCUUUGGAUAUGAUUUAUGCGCGUGACGUCACAAAAUCCACGGAAGUGGUUGGACCCCAUCGAACCCGAUACAGAAACCUCUUGUUUUCUUCGACAAAAUUCCACAGUAUUCUGGACAUCUGUGUUGGUGAAUCUUUUGCAAUUUGUUUAAUGAACAAUGGAGGCUGCAAGGAAGAACGUUGUAGGUGGGAUCGAUCGGUGUAUUAGCGGCUAAGUACAAUACUUACAGCAACACAACAAGGACUACUUACUACGCCUAGCCGAUGCUUGCCGCCAAACCCACGGAUGAAGUCCUUCGUCGCGCCGUUGAUCGCAGGUGAGCACGGCUGUUGAUGGGAAGAUGAGGGCUGGCUGGCGUAGGUGGAGCGCUAAUGUUUUUAUCAUAGUUCUGUGAGGUCCGGUUGCUAAGUUGCUAAAUUAGCCUUAGCGUCGUUAGCAACAGCAUUGUUAAGCCUUACCAGGCUGAGAAUUUUUAACCGUGUAGUUACAUGUACAUGGUUUAAUAGUAUUGUUGAUCUUCUGUCUAUCCUUCCAGUCAGGGGUUUAUUUAUUUUGUUUCUAUCUUCAUUUGAGAACGAUGCUAUCACGUUAGCUCAGUUGCUAAGUGUGUCACCGAUGUAUUGUCGUGGAGAUAAAAGUCACUUUAAAUGUCCAUUUCGCGUUCUCGACUCUCAUUUUCAAGAGGAUAUAGUAUCCGAGGUGGUUUAAAAUACAAAUCCGUGAUCCACAAUAGAAAAAGGAGAGAGUGUGGAAUCCAAUGAGCCAGCUUGUACCUAAGUUACGGUCAGAGCGAAAAAAGAUACGUCCAUCACUGCCUCUCCAGUCCUUCGCUGUAACGUUCCUCAUCUACGAAACUUUCAUCCUCGCUCAAAUUAAUGGGGUAAUCGUCGCUUUGUCGCUCCGAAUCUCUCUCACUCCAUUGUAAACAACGGGGAAUUGUGAGGAAUACUAGCUCCUGUGACGUCACGCUACUUCCGGUACAGGCAAGGCUUUUUUUUAUCAGCGAGCAAAAGUUGCGAACUUUAUCGUCGAUUUUCUCUACUAAAUCCUUUCAGCAAAAAUAUGGCAAUAUCGCGAAAUGAUCAAGUAUGACACACAGAAUGGAUCUGCUAUUCCCGUUUAAAUAUAAAAAAAUUCAUUUCAGUAGGCCUUUAAACCACUAUUGGUAACAUAUGCUAGCUGUUGGUGGUGAUCUUAUAUUAUUGUUUUUUGAGCCAAUGACUUACCGCAGCUCUGAUAGUACAAAAUGUAAAACGAUAUCGCUGUCUUAACUUAAAUGACAAAUUCAUAAAUCGACAAGUGUUCAUGUUACAGCUGGUGUUGUGUAGCUUUAGGUGUAUAUUAUUUUCUUAUUUAGUUUUUCUCUUAUUGAAGCUGGUCCUUCUUUUGAAAUAAAUGUUACAAAAACAAAAGAAAAAGCUUUGAAGCUAGUUGAACUGAGCCUUUUAUGUGAUACGCUGAUAUUUUGCAUCACGACUGCGGUGACAACAUUAUCCUAAAAAUGUUGGCGAAAUUACGAACUAAACAACUUGAGAGGUUCCACUGUACUCCCCAACCCUCUUUAUCUGUUUACAAACUGCUGGGACAGUCCCAGUUAACAUUUCUGACAAAUGGUGACAAAAUGUGUGAGUGUCAGAGGUAUUAGGUAACGUUUGAUGGAGCCAUAGGACACGUUUGGUCCGGUGAGUGGCUGUCCUUUAGCCUCCUUUGUCAGUUAAACUUUAAACCUAGGGCAAGAUGUGGCAAUGAUUGUUUUGCACAUGGAAAAUGUUGGAGUGAGAAUAUUUAAGUGAUGUAAUUGAACAAAAUCAACCAGUGUGCUUGCAGCCGUUCGUGUCAGGUGCUGGACACCAAUAAAUGAUACAAGUAUUUAUUUAUUGAAUAAUAGACUUAUUUUUACGAGCCAAACCUUUUAUAAUUAUACUUUUAGUUCAUGUGGUGUUUUGGAUGUGGAAAAAUUAAAAAAGUAAC